AUGGCUCCCACAAACACCCUCCCAGCCUGGUCAGAGCUCCAGACUCACCGUGACGGUGUCGGCAAGAACUUUGUCCUUAAGGAGGCCUUCGCCUCCGAUCCCGAGCGUUUCUCCCGCUUCUCCCGCACCUUCACCAGCGACGCCUCGGCCGACAUCCUCUUCGACUUCAGCAAGAACUUCCUCACCGAUGAGACCCUCGACCUUCUCGUCAAGCUCGCCGAGCAGGCUGGCGUCGAGCGAAAGCGUGAUGCCAUGUUCCGUGGUGACAAGAUCAACUUCACCGAGAACCGCGCCGUCUACCACACUGCUCUGCGCAACGUUGGCGGCUGGGAGAUGACGGUCGAGGGACAGGACGUCAUGAACAACGCUGGCGGUGUCAACGAGGUUCUCAACCAUAUGAAGGAAUUCUCCGAGCAGGUUCGCAGUGGCGAAUGGAAGGGAUUCACUGGAAAGAAGCUCACCAACAUCGUCAAUAUUGGUAUUGGUGGAUCCGAUCUCGGCCCCGUCAUGGUCACCGAGGCGCUCAAGUACUACGGUGCCGACGACAUGACUCUUCACUUCGUCUCUAACAUUGAUGGCACCCACAUGGCUGAGGCCCUCAAGGCCUCCGACCCCGAGACCACCCUCUUCUUGGUUGCUUCCAAGACCUUCACCACCGCCGAGACCACCACCAACGCCAACACUGCCAAGUCUUGGUUCCUCGAGAAGACCGACGGCAAGGGCGAGAUCGCCAAGCACUUCGUCGCUCUCUCUACCAACGAGCCCGAGGUUACCAAGUUCGGCAUCGACAGCAAGAACAUGUUCGGCUUCGAGAGUUGGGUCGGUGGACGCUACUCCGUCUGGAGCGCCAUUGGCCUGAGCGUUGCCCUCUACGUCGGUUACGACAACUUCCACAAGUUCUUGAGCGGUGCCCACGCCAUGGACAAGCACUUCCGCGAGACCCCUCUCCGCGAGAACAUCCCCGUUCUUGGUGGUCUUCUCAGCGUCUGGUACUCGGACUUCUUUCACGCCCAAACCCACUUGGUUGCUCCAUUCGACCAGUACCUCCACCGCUUCCCUGCCUACCUCCAGCAGCUGUCUAUGGAGUCUAACGGCAAGACCAUCACCUCCGACGGCUCUUCGGCCAAGUACACCACUGGUCCCAUUCUUUUCGGAGAGCCCUGCACCAACGCCCAGCACUCCUUCUUCCAGCUUGUCCACCAGGGCACCAAGCUGAUCCCUACUGACUUCAUCCUGGCUGCUCAGUCUCACAACCCCAUCUCCGACAACCUCCACCAGAAGAUGCUGGCCUCCAACUACUUUGCCCAGGCCGAGGCUCUCAUGGUCGGCAAGACAGAUGAGCAGGUCAGAGCCGAGGGUGCCCCCGAGGACCUCGUCCCUCACAAGCGCUUCCUCGGCAACCGCCCUACUACCUCCAUCCUCGUCGGGGGCGCCAUCGGCCCCGCCGAGCUCGGUGCCCUGAUCGUCUACUACGAGCACCUCACCUUCACCGAGGGUGCCAUCUGGGACAUCAACAGCUUCGACCAGUGGGGUGUCGAGCUGGGCAAGGUCCUGGCCAAGAAGAUCCUCACUGAGCUCAGUGAGCCCGGCAACGGCGAGGGCCACGAUGCCUCCACCGGCGGUCUCAUCGGUGCUUUCAAGAAGUACUCCAAGAUCUAA